CGCGCCUCUCGCGCCUUAUUCUGCGACAGAGCUGAGCUGAAGAAGGAAGUGACAUUUUCAAGUGUCCUUGUGCGGCUUCCUGAAUUCAGCGGGCUAAAGAAGAAAUUAUCACCAUGUUUAGGCACUUAAGGACCCUGCAGCAGGUCUCCAGGAGGACCCUGUCCAGCUCUGCACCCAGACAGCUGGAGAAUAAAGUCCCUGUCAAGCAGAAGAUGUUUCAGGAGGACAAUGGCAUGCCGGUUCAUUUGAAGGGAGGCGCCACAGAUGCUCUCUUGUACAGGGCUACGAUGGCUCUUACUGUCUUUGGGUCUGGUUAUGUGCUGUAUACACUGAUCGAUGCAGCGCUGCCCAAGAAGAAGAACUGAACAUGCCUCUCUAUUCAUGUGUCUGAGCUGUAAAGACCUCUGAUCCUCAGAAAGAUAUCCUGCCUGUCAGUUAUUUUCAUUACAAUGGAUUCAUAUUUAUUGAUUGUAAUGUAAAGCGCAAUCAUUGUGUAAUAAAACUUUCCACUGUACUGGCA